AUGCCUAUAAAUCGACCAGAAGGGCUCAACUUCUCUGAUCUCAACCCACCAAAUCAUCACCUGAACAGUCCACAAUUAUCAUUUUCUACGGGUAAGUUAAAGUUUCCGGACACGUCACGGGAGUAUGACUUCACAGCCGAUGAUCUUAUUGAUGAGGGUGUUAUUGGACGAGGGAACUUUGGCACAGUCAACCGGAUGAUUCACCGAGAGUCCAAUCAUGUCUUAGCAGUCAAAAGAAUCCGUUCCACGACAGUUCAUUCCGAAGAGAGAAAGCGUUUAUUGAGAGAAUUGGAGACUGUGAUGUCAGCAGAUAAAUGCGAGACGAUUGUCCGAUUUUUUGGUGCUCUUUUCUAUGAAGGUGAUUGCUGGAUUUGCAUGGAAAUCAUGGACAUCUCCCUCGAUAAAUUGUACAAAAAUGUCUACAAAACAGGUCACAGAGUGCCUGAACCAAUGAUUGGAUAUAUUGCAGUAGCUACAAUUCAAGCGCUCAACUAUCUACGGCAAGCAUUGAAAAUUAUACACAGAGAUGUGAAACCCUCGAAUAUUUUACUUGAUCGUCACGGAAUGAUCAAACUGUGUGAUUUCGGGAUUGCCGGUGAAUUGGUCGACUCGAUAGCCAAGACACAAGAAGUCGGCUGCAAGCCGUAUAUGGCGCCAGAACGGGUGAGUAUGAUGAACACUCCAUACGAUGUGAGAUCUGAUGUUUGGUCAUUGGGGAUUACGCUCUUUGAAGUGGCCAUGGGGAAAUUCCCGUAUUCGAAUUGGAACACGGCUUUUGAUCAGGUAGACCAAGUAGUGAAAGGUGAGGCCCCAAUGCUUUGUGUGAACACGCCGGACAAUUUCUCCAUUGAGCUUGUACAAUUCGUGAACUCUUGCCUUGUGAAAGAUCGAGACCAACGUCCCCGCUACAAUGAUCUGAUGACUAAACAAUUCUAUCAGCUGUAUGAUCUAAACGGGGAAACACUUGCGAUGGCCCUUUUCCGACAAAAAGAUCGAAAUAUCAGCGAUCGACUCAACGAUUACUGCAACAUGACCUCGGCUGGUCUUACUUUUUUCGCGAGUGAUUGCGUCAAACGGAUCGAUUCUGGGCCAAGUGAUGAGCACUUUCACUACUUUGCUGAAUUACUAGCACUUCACGAACAGUUCUUUGGAUUAUCGUGCCCAGAUGUCAUCAAGAAAUCGGCAAAUGUCUUUAUCACAAUGUACGGAAAGAAUCCGAAAUACGCGGAUGACUCAAAAAUGGCAUUUGUCUACUAUCUGCUGGGACGGUAUUCAAAAACAAUGAAUGUGAAUUCAGUGAUGAAGACUUUAUAUGAUAAUAAUCGUUUUCGAAAAUUAGCGAUGUUUUACGAGCUUUGGAUGGGUGGAUUAGUAGACGAUGGGAAACGAAAAGAAGCUGAACAAGUGUUGUCAUUGGCACGUAAAAACUCGGCGCAGCCAGAAAAAUUGAUUGAAAAACUUGAUCAAAAAUUGAAACUUCUCUCGCCGAUUCGCCCUCUUCCUCCCCAGAAAACUGCUUCUGUAACGGAAACAAUCACACAAAAUAGACGACCUUCUCUGCUUACAGCAUCUGUCCGCAAAUCUCUUUCAACUCCUCCGGCAUCAUAUGGAAGUGGCCCAAAAACUCCAAAGGGGACACCUCGCAAGUUCACCAAUCAAACGCCAAAAACAACUGGAUUAACGAGUCAGCGGAAAAGAAAAGAAGAAUCAACCAACAAAGAAACUCCAUUUGACAAAUCGGAACCAGAAGAUGAAGUAGAAGUGAUCACGGAACCUUUACUGCCCGACAAUAUGCAUGUGAAACUCGAGCCGACUAUUCUUCCGGAAACUUCGCAAUUUCAAUUCCGUCCCAUUCGAUCUUCUUCACCUGAAACGACGAAUGUUUGUGAUCCGACUCAGACUACUUCAUCAUCUACGGCAUUUGAUGAAAAGGAGAAUUCACAAGAAGUCUUUGAAGAGGUGAAGAACAAUUCAUUCGAUUUCUUCAAAAUCACCGAUGAUCCAACAAAUCGCCGGCUAUCAACGUUCGAGAAAAGGCGAAAAUCACUCAAGAAAGGCGGAAUCAGUUUUGAGCAAAGCACCUUCUUGAAACCCGUGACAUACAGAGCCACCGAAGAGCUACAAGAUGCAAUCGAGAAUUUAUGUAUCGAGACGAAACCUUGGAGUCAAGACGAGCAAAAAAGGAAUCCAUUCAGAUUG